CCUCUCUCUCUCUCUCUCUUCUCUCUCUCUAAACUUUCCAUCUUUCUCUCUCUAACAAAAUUUCUGAACAAUCUUCCUUUUUUCUGAUCGGUGCACGUACGAGCUUCAACAAUCCAUAACGAUUCCUCGAUUUCCCAAUGCAACUGGUGCAGCCAUGGCUGGAGAAGCUGCUAUCGACGGAAUUCUUCUCGGUGUGCCGGACGCACGGAGACGCCGCUAGAAGUGAGCGCAAUAUGUUCUGUUUAGAUUGCAAUGACGAAGCAUUCUGCUUCUACUGUCGAUCUUCUCGUCACAAAGAGCAUAAAGUCAUUCAGAUAAGAAGAUCGUCGUAUCAUGAUGUUGUGAGAGUUUCAGAGAUCGAAAAGGUGUUGGAUAUCGGUGGUGUUCAAACAUAUGUGAUAAACAGUGCGAAAGUCUUAUUUCUAAACGAGAGGCCGCAACCGAAAUCAGGGAAAGGGGUUUCUCGCAUUUGCGAAACUUGUGGGAGGAACCUCUUGGAUACUUUUCGUUUCUGUUCACUCGGCUGUAAGCUUGUUGGGAUAAAGAGAAAUGGAAAUGCAAGCUUUAUGUUAGAAGGGGUAUCAUCAACAACAAGAGGAGUAAUGUCAUCAUCCACAACAAGAACAAGAAGAAGAGGGAUGAUGAUGGAUGAAGAAGAACAACACAUUUACCCUGCCACACCUCCUUCUUCCACUAGGAGAAGAAAAGGGGUUCCUCAUAGGGCUCCUAAUUAAGAGAAGCAUAAGCAUAACAUAUAACCAACUAAAUUACUCAAAUACCCCUCAAAAGCAAAAAAAAAGAAGCAAAUUAAAUACCCUACUCAUCGCCAUUGACAAUCUCAUUCACCAUCUCCUUUCUACCCCACCAUUUAUUCUUAUUCUCAACUUAUUGUAUUAUUUGAUUUGGGGAGAAAGGUGAAAUAUGGUAAAACUAUGAAAUAAUC